CAGCAGCAGGGCCUGGCGACAAGACCACAUCACAGACACACUGGAGGGAGUUUCUCUUCACACCUUUCUUCCGUGUUGUUAUUUGAGUUUGAUGAUCCAGCUGGCCGGGCUGAGACUCACAUUGGCUCGUCCUCUACCUUCACUCUUGGCAGCCAGAUUGUAUUGUGAGCAACAAACAAUGGCUACCCCCCUGGACAACGUGGCAAAUGUAGACAUUGAUAAUGGAGUAUUCAAGUAUGUGCUCAUGAAGGUUUACCAUUCACCAGAGGGAGGAUCAGAAAUCUCAAAGUUCAUAACCAGAGGAUAUACAUCCGCUGGUUUUCACUCAGAUGUGUAUGAGCAAGUUACACCAGAUAUUGAGAAGCAGGGAAUGGACUGUGAGUGUGUCGGGGGAGGUCGGAUCCGUCAUGAACCAGAUAAAAAGACCAUUUUAGUUUAUGGCUAUUCCCAAGGAUUUGGUCGAGCAGAUCACGGCAUUACUGUGGAUCUGCUUAAAGCUAAAUAUCCAGAUUAUAAUAAAAUAUCUUUCUCAGAUGACGGAUAUUAGUUUUAUUUACAAAUAAAUGUCACUGGAGUAACAAGAUUUAUGAUCUGGAUUAUUAUUGGCUGGCAGUUGUCCUCAGCAAAAUAUACCAGUGAUGUAGACUGGGUAUAAAGAUCAGCUUUUAGGUAUCAUAAGUUUUGUAGGAGGUCAUACUUUAAUUAUAUCCCAGUAUAUAACUCCUUAUUCCUUUCGAACAUGUACGGUAUUUCCAAUCAACUGUUAUUGAAGGUACAAUCCGUUUUUUUCAGUACAGUAUUGCAUUCAUGUGCCACUCCUUGUGAUUCAGUUAUGAUAAAUGAUUUACCUUUUUAUAUUCACAUGUAAUGGUUAAGAAAAAAUAAAUGGAUUAUUCCUCU